AAGUGAUACGCCUUGCCUACCAUACUCAGCUUUAAACGCGAUCCGUACGAACUAUGGCGACCGCACCCCCCGCGACCGCUGGUCCUAAAAAAUUGUCCUUCGCCAAGCAAUCUAGGUGGUUGCGUCUAAACCUAAAGAAAAUAUGCCCGUUGUUUCGGCUCCUCGAGUUGCUGUACCAGCUAUAGAACAUCGCUCGCAGCCCGCUGUCGCUUCCACUACUCCAGUCGCGACGACUAAGAGUACCACAGCCACGUCUGGGAAUAGUCCGGUAGCUGCCGCCAAGUCUCCUCUAGUUUCUAAAGAAAAUGGUAUAGCCGUUGCUCCGGUCAGUAGCGUGGUCGUUGAUGGUACUAGACUUGCGCAAGGCGGGAAGACCGUGCAUGCCUCUCUCUCUACUGCCAGCGCUUCGUCCACACCUAGUCUCGUUGUGAAUGGCUCCUCGUCUUCCAUAGGCGAAGCACGAACUAAGAACGACAAUGGGGCGUCAGUAUCGGAUGACGCUUCGCAAAGGGCUGAUUCUAAUUCGGAGAUGGGUACUAAAGCGCCCAGUAUUGAUGGGAAGAGUAUUACUUCGGGGACUACAUUUGCGCUUGAUGAAAAGGAGUCCCUACGCCCGGAUGACAGUGCUAGCGUGAAAGCGUCUGCAGAGGAGGACGAGUCCUUUUCAAUAAGGGGUUCACUAAUUGCUAACUCCCGGAUUGGCUCUGAAGUAGCUCGUAUUCAUCGUCUUAGAAUUGGCGAUAUGCCGGAGAGACGAAUCGUCCAAAUACUCCCCGAGUUGCAAGACAAAGGAAUUGCCACCCCACAGAGCGGUGCUUCCAGUCAGCAGCCCCCAGUAGAGCAACCCCCGACACUGGGAAUCGUGAAUGGGUCGUCCGACGCCUUUACAUCAAUAUACGGCCAGAACCCAGAUGAAAAGCUUUUGGAAGCUAUGCAAUCCCCGAAAGAUCGGAUUUUCCUCCUGCGGUUAGAGCAGGACGUUAUUAAUUUUGUUCAGACCUCUAAGGAGCCCUAUAUGGAUCUUCCACCGAAUAACUCGUUCUGUAGAAUGUUAACCCACAAACUUGCUGACUAUUAUCACAUGACGCAUUCUUUCGAAGCCAUCCAAGGUUCUGUUCGUAUCUUUCGGACUCCUUUCUGCCGAGUUCCUCCCUCCUUGGCCAGUAUCGUGGGCAACCCCCCCAAUAGCAAUACUACCACAACGCCUCCGCAACUCCUACCCAAGAAGAUCAUGCGGCGUGGCGAGGAAAAUGGAUCAGGACAAGCUAGUACCAGUCCAUCCAAAGCAACCUCCGAAGUGGGAAGCGAUGGCAAGGAAAAGUCGACUACGAAAGACAAGCCUACUAGAGAGGAGCGCGAAGAGGCGUACAAACAAGCCCGAGAGAGGAUUUUUGGCAGUUCGGACAAACCUGGAGAGUCUACACCAGACAAUGACGAUGCGAAUGGCAUCUCUCGAGCAAGUUCUGUAUCAGCAAAGGAUAAGUCAAGCCUUGGGAAGAGAGGAAAGAUGGGCAAGCAGCGAAGAGACGACUCUGAGAGCUUUGAUUCCCGAUCACAGUAUCAACCGUAUUACCAUCCUCACCAACCUAAUUGGACUACGCCUCAUUAUAUCCCCAUCGGGCACCCACAGUAUAACAGUCCUGUCCAGCAGCCGUACCAAAGCCCGAUACCCCAGGCUUAUGCGCCGCCUCCGCAACCCUAUCCUGCCAUGAUGCCUAACGGCGCAUUUCCGCAGUACGGUAAUAUGCCAAUGUAUCCUCCUCAGACGCAGGUCACUCCGCCACGGUACACUGCACCUAAUGGCGCCGUGGGUACCUACGCUGGCCCGGUCCCAGUCCCGGUCCCAGUUCAAACCCCUCCGCCUCAACAAUGGCAACCUAAUUAUACACAGGCUCCGCCACUAAGCCCGUAUCAAAGCCGGGCUCCUCAACCUCAGACCCCGGGAAACCCAGGGCCAGUUGGUAUCCCUUACGCAUUCGGACAGCUUCCUGCGAAUGCCAAUCCGCAUGAUCCAAAGAGCCAGCAUCCUAUUCCGGGGAGCUACAAUCGGCAUGCAUUUAAUCCUAAAACCCAGUCCUUUGUCCCUGGCAAUGGCAUGGUGCAGGUCCAACCUCCGCUACCCCCUUAUAAUAUGGGCGGGCACGGUAGCCCCCAGGUUGGUUCGCCUCAUCUAGCCUAUAGUGCAUAUAGCAGCUCUCCCGCUCCGCCUCAACCGUAUAUGGGUGGACCAGGCUACGGGAUGAGUCGGCAAGGAUCUAACAGCUCGUUGCCGGCUUAUCACCCACCCCAGCCCCAGCACCUCCCUCAACAUCCUCCAGUACAUCUGCCCCAAGUGCCGGUUCAGAUGCCCAACAUCCCGAGCAUUCCUCCGCCGACCGGACCAAACCAGACCUUUAGCCACUUACCUACCUACGGCAAUCCGGCCACCCUGCCGCAAAAGCCACCCACUGGAAUCUAGACGAAAACUCGCGCAAGGCAACACGUGCAUGAAAAGUUAGCAAGCAUUAGUGGUGUUUAUUCUUUUCGGUGAGGACUUAAGACAGUUUUAAGGCGGAUGGAUAAAGGGAAUCUUACAGAGACAACGACACCGGCGUAAAUUGGCGGGUUGUUGUAUUGGUAUCAUUGGCUGGCGUUCUGGCGCAGGGGAAAGCUUUUCACUGAAGACGUUGAUGGUAGGAUGGGAUCUCAUGGCCCCCCGUAUCAGUGGGCAUCGAAGUUGAAGGUGUCCGGUAUUAUUCCCAUUCUGUUUUGAAGUAAAAGGGACGGACUCCUCUCUACAGUGACGGUAACUAGGUUACGAAUACCUGGCAUCGCAAGAUAUAGUAUUUGCUUUUCAAGACGUAGAGUAAAGCAAGCAAGAAAGCAAUAUUACAUUAUUCUACCUCGAGUUUCGGUUAUUCUACGAGUCAAUAUGGUUAUGCAUGUGAUGAUGUU